UUCUGCGCACGCACUCGACAACCACUCAACAGUCACCAGACCCUUUUCUUCUGGGUCUGGGCACGAGACUACGCCACUGUACUGUCGACGUCUGUAUUACGUCAUUACCCUCUACAUGCGUGCGUGCCUCCGCGAACUCGCUUGCGUAGCGCUUACUAUAAAGUGAUCUGCUGCAGAAGACUACUGCCACGUUUGGAUUCGACUUUUAACAGUUAUCUUUGUAUCCUCAGCUUCAUAAUGAGCAAAAAAGAGAGAUAAGGAAAGACAGGUGUUAGCUACUGCCUGAUACCCAUCACUACACUAUUGGUGUGGGUGACAAGCUAUAUGGUGCAAAGAAUGUUUGUCAAAAUACCUGUUUAAAUGGAAAGUGGCAGUAUUAUAACAUUAGAAACUACUAAUUACAGAACCUAAUUUACUUGACCUAUAAUUUAGUAGUAAGCUCUUUUGUAACACAAUACUGGUGUGCAAAACCAAAGACGUGGAGUAAUUAUGCUAUUAGCUACAUUGCUUCUUUUUCUUCAUAA